GCCGGGCCGAGGCUGCGCUCUCCUCCGCGGCGCCUACCCCCGUCUCCGCGCGGACGCGGGAUCCAGGAGGGUCCACGGGGGUCCACGGGGGUCCGAGGGGGUCCAAGGGGGUUGCGACGGGAGUCUGCGGAGUGACAGGGGUCCAGCAGGAGGGGUCGGGAGAGGCAUGGCGUUCGAGGGCGGCAGAAAGCGGGACGGUAUGUCCAUCAGUGACUCGAGCGCUGGGGAGAGCGGUGUGGAGGAGUUGGGGCGGACUUCUGGUCGAAGCCAACGAGAAAAGAAACGAUCCUACAAAGAUUUCCUGCGGGAAGAAGAGGAGACCUUUGCAGAGGCAUGGAAGACCUCGAAAAAGAGGCAUCGGUCUUCGGAAGGCAUCUCGUCUCGCGAUGGAGACGGGCUGAAGCUCAAGCUCAUCCUCUCCCCCAAGGACAAGUCCUCCACGGAGGAGGAGGGCUCCAUGGUCUCGUACGGGAUGAUGGUGCCGGCCAAGAAGGCGACGAUGCGGCGUCCUCCCAGCCGGUUCGAGCCUGGCGAGAUCGGGGAGGAAGACUAUGUGAGGAUGCGCAAGGGCAGCGCGGCCAUACUGGCGCGCGUCAGCGAAAGCUCAGAGACUUCGGUGUACUCGGACAGCAGGGUCCACAUGAGCGAGAGCGGCGACUCGGACUCGGAUGACUCUGACGGCGUUGGCGACCCUGGCAUGCUGGGCGCCAGCGUCGUCGGCGUGGGCGGAGGGGGAGUGGCGGCGUCGGCGGCGGUGGCGGUGGUCGGCCUCGGGGUGGACGGGCCUGCCGAGAGCCUGUCGGACUUCGAGCUGUCGGGCCUGGAGGCGGGCGAAGUGACGGGCACGUCGGAGGAGGAGGGCCUCAUCACGGGCGACUUCCUGAGCACCUACUACCGCCCCGAGGUGCGCAAGAAGAAGAAGGUGAAGAAGAGCAAGAAGAAGAAGGACAAGGGCAAGCAGAAGAAGCACAAGAAGCACAGGAAGCACGCCGCGGGGGUGCUUCCCGAGUGCCAGGGGGCGGCGGCGGCGGUUGUGGCAAUGGUGUCGCCGGCGGCCGCGGCGUCCCUGCCGCUCCGCGGGAUGCUGGGCGACGGGGGAGGAGCAGAAGGAGUCGGGGUGUUUGGCGGCAAAAUGAGCGGAGUGCCGGGCAUCGGCAGCCCCUAUGCGAUCCCGCAGCCGCCCCCUCCCAUCCUCCACAGUGACGGCAAGGCCGACAAGAGGAAGAAAAGGGAGGCGGACAAGGAGAAGGAUGAAAAGCCUGAAAAGAAGAAGAAAGCUGUCACUGCGUAUCACCUGUGGAGUAAGGAGUAUCGACACGUCAUCAUCGCGGAGAGCCCCGGCAUGGAUUUUGGAGAAAUAAGUAAAAAAUUGGGCGAUGUGUGGAAGCGUCUACCGGAGAAGGAGAAGCUGGUCUGGAAACAGAAGCAGCAGUACUUGCAGCACAAGCAGAACAAGGCCGAGGCCACGACGGUGCGGAGGAAGGGCGGCGACCUCUUGGAGCCAGACCUGCCCCGACCUAAAGCGUCGGGGGGCUCGCACAAGAAGGGGAUGUCGGGCUCCCCCAAGCCGCGGGCGCUAGACAUGGAGGCCGUGGACGUGGCCGCUCACCUGCAGCUGCUGGGGGAGUCUCUCAGUCUCAUUGGACACCGCCUACAAGAAACCGAGGGCAUGGUGGCCGUGUCGGGCGGCCUGUCUGUGAUGCUGGACUCGCUGCUGUGCGCACUGGGCCCCCUCGCCUGCCUCACCGCUCAGGUGGACGAGAUCAACGGCUGCUCCAGGCUUGUGUUGGCCAAUACCCUGGACAACAUUGCAUAUGUGAUGCCUGGACUGUAAGAGAGAUUUGCUUCCAAGUGCUACCCAAGAAGAAGAAGAAGCUUAAGCUAAAUUUGCAUAACUUGUACAUUGAUGUAGACGUUCUGGUAAAUGUGGACUCCCGACUUAUUCGUUUUUUUUACAUUUUAUUCGAAUUUGCUUGUAUAUUUGAUAAUCAUCGACAAGUUUAAAACGGAACUGUGGUAAAGGAAGGAGGGUCGGGCCAUGGAUAAGAGCAUUUAUCAACAAGAGGAAUUCACGCAGCACUAUCUGCAGGCUGUACGUGAGGCCCUCGGCCACGCUGUUCCACUGUUGCGUGCAUGACGCGACCCAGGAUGAUCCCGCGGGAACGUACACUUCACUCGGAAUCAACUCAAUCUCAUAUCUCGAUCACCAUCUGGGGAGCACCUGCCACUCAAAGCCACAUCAUCUCUUUCCAGCCUGUGGAGGCCAAUAGGUCCAUGGCUUGUUGACAAUGGCCCUCUGACCCUGCCGCGUGUGCGCUGCUGUAUGGCUGCCUAAGACCCUCGCCCUUAUCUCCAAUGCCCCCUCACCACUCACGCCUUUCACCCGUAUUUAGGUCUUCCCCCUCCAUAAUUUCCCUCUACCAUAGUGGCGAAUGACCAUGCUGAAAGUCGUAGAUGGUACAUUAUGUACCUAUGUUGAAUUUCUUUCGCAACGUACGUAGCCAACCGUGCUAAUCAGAGGUGUGAAACCCUUCGUAGCAAAUCAGAAAAGCUGUGGACACUUCAAUCUCUGCAAAUGUUUCCAUUUAACUUUCAUCCAUAAUCUAUAUGGUAAAAAAAUAUGGUAAACUUAACUAAAUUGCUUAUACUGGAUAAAAAAAUAGCCACGACUUUACAUGCCCAUCAUCUAUUCAGUGAAACGUGCUCGGUAGAAUUGUAAGAUACACAUACGCUAUCAUAGCAUGUUAAUUUUCAGUGUUUUCCCUUGAGUAAAGAAGUCUUUGUAAUCAAACAUAAUUUUACGUGUUUAGUGUUAUUUGUGGAAUAUUCCUAGAUCGCUGUUAAAUUUAACUUCAGACAAAAGUGUAAAAUAAAAAUUUAACUUACUAUGUCAUAUGAGAGAUGCUUUAAGGUAAAUUUAAAGUUUAACCUUUUAAGCAUUUUUAGCUUGCAUGAUAUCACAUUGUCCAUAGUCACACAUGUUCUAUAUGUCACCUUUUAUAAUGAGUCCGGAGUUUUAAAGUAUGUUGUUAACACAAAACGAAAAACAUUUGUAAUAAAUAUUUUGCAACAAUUUAAUAUAAACAUG